AUGAGCCCCGAGCCGGUGCCGCCGCCGCCCCCGCCCCCCUGUUGCGGCGGCGACUGCGGGGAGCCGCUCGCCCAGCGGGUGGAGAAGGGCGACGAGGCCUUCCGCGCGGGCGAGUACGAGACGGCGGCCGAGCUCUUCCGCUGCGCGCUGGUUGCCUUGGCGCAGCCCGACCGCGGCCUGUGCCUGCGGCUGGGGGACGCGCUGGCUCGCGCCGGCCGCCUCCCCGAGGCCCUGGGCGCGUUUCGCGGCGCCGCGCGGCUCGGGGUGCUGCGGCCCGACGAGCUGGGGGAGCUGGCGGGCGGCCUGGCGCGUGCCCUGGGCCCGCGCGAGCGGCGGCCGCCGGCGGGGAGGCCGGGCCGCGCCCCCGGGGAGGCGCCCGCCGCGCCCCGGGACCUGCUGGGCUGCCCGCGCUGCCAGCGGCUACUGCACAAGCCGGUGACGCUGCCGUGCGGGCUCACGGUGUGCAGGCGCUGCGCCGAGCCGGGGCCGGGCCGGCCGCCCGCGCGCCGGGUCAACGUGGUGCUGAGCGGCCUGCUGGAGAAGUGCUUCCCGGCCGAGUGCCGGGCGCGCAGGCUGGCGGGCCAGGCGCGGAGCCUGCAGCACCAGCAGCAGCCCGAGGCCGCGCUGCUCAGGUGUCACCAGGCCCUGGACCUGGCUCCUGGCGAUAAUUCCCUGGUGCUGCUGCGCGCGGAGCUGUAUUUGUGCGUGAGGAGCUAUGAGCAGGCUCUGCAGGAUGCCAGUGCGGUUUGUCAGAAUGAACCUCUCCUGCCCAAGGGACAUCAUGUGAAAGCUCUGGCUCUUUCCGGACUGGGAAGAAGUAAGGAAGUGUUGAAGGAGUUUCUCUACUGCCUUGCUUUAAAUCCUGAAUGUAACUCAGUGAAGAAAGAAGCACAGAAGGUAUUGUGUGAGGUGUUUUUCCCAGCUUCAGAAAAUGUGCCUCAGAAUUUAACAUCUUCCAUCCAAAGCAGAAUGUUGAACACGAGAUUAAAGGCUCAGUGUCAGAACCACGUGAACAGCCAGCCUCCUGUGGAGGAAGGUGGCAGUGCAGGGAGUUCUAAGAAUCCAUCUGAGAAAUCUGAUGUGUUUAGAAAUACCAAUUCUUCAGUUUUGUAUUUUAUACUGGGCCUACACUGUGAAGAGGAUAAGGAAGUGUUAGAAGGUAUCCUUCCAAUGGCGCCAAACAGUGGGUUAAAGAGACGGUUUCCGAAUGACUUGGAGGAUGCACAUGACAUGAACGCCCCUGGAAAAAUUCCCAGGAAAGAGGCCGAUUCCUCACCCCAAAGGAACAUGAACUCUACCAUAGGAGAAAGUGCAGAACUCCCGAUAGAAGUGGCUGACUUUGAGUGUGCCCUUUGCAUGAGGUUGCUCUUUGAGCCUGUCACUACCCCCUGUGGACACACGUUUUGCCUAAAAUGCCUUGAGCGCUGCCUGGACCACGCCCCCCAUUGUCCUUUGUGCAAAGAAAAACUUUCCGAAUUGUUAGCAAGCAGAAAUUUUAAUAUAACUACCCUGGCUGAAGAAUUAAUAUUUCAAUAUUUGUCAGAUGAACUGUCCGACAGAAAGAGAAUUUAUGAUGAAGAAAUGACAGAGCUUUCAAAUCUCACCAGGGAUGUGCCCAUCUUUGUGUGCGCCAUGGCCUUCCCCACCGUGCCCUGUCCGCUCCACGUCUUUGAGCCCCGCUAUCGGCUUAUGAUAAGAAGAUGCAUGGAAACUGGCACCAAACGGUUUGGCAUGUGUUUAUCUGCUGAGCACGCAGGGAUCUCGGAGUACGGCUGCAUGCUGGAGAUCAAGGACGUCAGGACGUUCCCGGACGGCAGCUCUGUUGUGGAUGCCGUUGGGAUUAGCCGCUUCCGGGUUCUGAGCCACCGUCACAGAGACGGCUACAACACGGCGGACAUUGAAUAUCUGGAAGAUGAGAAGGUGGAGGGUCCAGAGUAUGAAGAACUCGCCACGCUGCACGAGUCAGUUUAUCAGCAGUCUGUGUCCUGGUUUGCUUCACUUCAGGACCACAUGAAAGAACAAAUUUUAAGCCAUUUUGGGUUGAUGCCCGACAGAGAACCUGAGCCUCAGAGUAACCCUAGUGGUCCUGCCUGGUCCUGGUGGAUCCUGGCUGUGCUGCCGUUGGAGCGGAAGGCCCAGCUGGCCAUACUGGGCAUGGUCUCGCUGAAGGAGCGUCUGCUCGCCAUCCGGCGAGUGUUAGUCAUUAUCACGCGUAAGAUGAACAGUCGGCAAGAGCUGGUUAAUAGCAGGGAGAGAAAUCAUUGA